AUGGAAGGAUCAUCCGCGGACGACAAGACUCCGCGCGGGCGCAACGUGGCUCACGCGCGCGGGGGCAACAUGGGCGGAACGUUCCCCAUGCGCAGCCCGGGGAAGGCGGGGGCAGGCGGAGGGCAACAGCAGCACCAACACCGGGAUAAGAAAGGGCAUCAUCACUAUCACCAUUCUAAACAUGUGCGAUUCACUGCGCUGCAUUUUAAGAACCAGUCGUUCGUCAGUUGCCGUCUGGAUGAGUCCGCGACCGCGGCUCCAGGAUCCUCUCAGACCAAUGGUGUAACGAAUCUAGGGACGCUGCAGAAGCUACUGCCGUGGAUAACCAUCGGGCUACUCUCCCUCAUUGCCCUCGUCUUGCUGGGCUCCGCGCUUUUUCCAGGCUACAUCUUUAUGUGUCCCGAGACCAUCAAGCGAUUACCAGAGCACUGUGUGAAGCUCGAGAGCGACCCAGUGCAGCACGACUGGGUGUUUGCCGUCCUCCCCUUCGACUGCUUCCAAGCACCCCAGUCCUCCCCUGUCAUCGCCCACCGCGUGGACGACGUCAAGUAUGACUUCUUUCUGUCUCUGCUGGACUUUGGCACGAGGAGAAGGCCGAAUAGGAACAUGGUUCGGCUGAUGGAGGACCGGCCGUUCCUGAAGCCGGAGCUCGCUGUGGCCAUGCAGUCAGUGUUGGAGAUGCUUAUUGAGGCCAAAGCCGUUCGCCCCGACUCACUGGUCAUCGACGCAGGGGCGGGCAUAGGGGGAGCGGCGUUUGCAGCAGCAGCCAUGGGCGUGCGUGUGUUGGCGCUCGACCCUGUGCUGGCCAAUGUGCUCAAGAUGUGUGAUGCGGUGCAUUUGAACCGGGCGGCAAAGAGAGUCAAGCUUCACCUGGCUGCCGUGUCAGACAGCGUGGGCAACAUCACGAUCCACAAUAUCCUAUCCAAUCUGGAACACAGUGCGGUGACAGCAGCAGUGCUCACGCUCGCAUCAAAAGACGCACCUGUGAUUCCCACCACAGUGGAGUCCCUCCCUAUAGACUCCCUCGUUUUACCCGACCAGCAUGUGGCUGUAUUGAAGGUGACUGUACAGGGAUGGGAGCUCCAUGCGCUUAGGGGUGCUGCUGGGUUGCUCAGCCGCCCGCCGAAGGAGGCGCCGUUUGUCCUGUAUGAAGAGGACAGGAUGUUGCUGCGGGCGGGGAACACGACGCCAGCUGCUGUGAGGGGGUUUCUGGCGGGGUAUGGCUAUAGUGAGUGUGACCAAGCACAUGGGCUUGUACACUGUAGGAAAAAGGGUUCUUUGUUAGAUGCAUAA